GCCUUUCAUUGACUUCAUCAAGUUCAUCAGUUUCUCGAUUGCAUAAACUUUGUUUGAAAUUUACAACAAAUACAAAUUUAUUUUUAGUAAGCCCUUUUAUACGUGUCAGUAAUUUGAUUGCCAACAUUGAUUUCUGAUUUUGCAUAUUAUUAAUAUUUAUGCAGCCUUUAAUAUUUAUUAUUUUUAAAGUAAAAAAUCUGACCGGCAAGGAAGAUACUGCUUGCAGACGGCGACGGCAUUUUUUUUAACUUAGUAAUUUUACUCCUUUCGGGACGGAGCCUUUUCGGGGUGUCUGUGCCAAAAAGACGGAGCACUUUUUACGAAUCGGUACUCGCAUUGCAAAAAAGUUUAUACAAAAUAAUCUAUUAAAUUAACUUUACUUUACAUAUAUAAAACUAGACUAUAUAUUAGAUACUUUGGUCAAAAAUGUAAACAUUUUUAAAAAUAAACCAAUGGCACAGUUGAAUAGAGCUAAUUUUAAACAUAAUUAUAACACCAAAAUCAUAUUUUUAGCUGUUAUAGUUUUAAAGUUAUGAAUUUUUAAAGUACGACUUGGUUUGUCCUUUUUUAACAUAGACUGCAUCUCCACAUUCUGUGACCUCAUUCCGCUGAUCGCGUCAUGCGCAAUGACUAUAUAGUUUAUAUAAGGCAAUGCAUUCCCUUAUCACUAAAAUACUGUUUAGGGUCGACUUAUUUUAAACUUUCAACUUUGGCACAUGAAUAAUUAAUAAAAGCUUUCCCUUACCAAUGGUUUAGUAGCUUUUGCACACGGAAAACUCUUAUGAAUGAAACUCUGAGAUAGUACUACAACGUAGCCGUUAUGCAAGUGGCUGUGAAUGGUUGCCAAUGACAACGUGUUGCACACGGAAAAUUCUGAUCAUUUAUAUUAUGGACUCUGCAGGGUUUUUAAAGCUCAAAUUAAAACAUUUCCAGUUUAAAUGUCUUCAAAAUGCAUUCUGAAACACAAAUUAUAAAAUAUUUUGAUGUAUAUAGUGGUAAUAAUUAAAUAUUUCCUAAGUAUCGGCAACUUCCGCCAUUAAAAAGGGGGCGUGGCCCAAGCCAUGUCGAAAUUAGGCUGAGCCACCUUAUGGUGAUAUGGGUCACUGUGACAAGUGUAACAAACGUGGGACACGACCUACAUCAAUGAAACUUGGCACAGAUAUAGAUCAAUAUCUAAUGCUCAUACAGAUUUAAUAAAAAAGGACCUUAUCUUAUUAUUUCACAAAAAAUUUUGUAUGCGAAGAUGCCUUAUAUAUACCAAAGAUUUUCAAAAUAAAGGUCGAUUGAAAAAAGCAAAAUAGCUGGCUAGAAAUGUAGGCCAAGAUGUCUUCCAAAUUAUAAGGCCGGAAACGGAACUCAAAUAUAUGUGGAAAGAACUAAUUUAAUAAUAAAUAGACACACACAUCGGAAAAUUAAAAACUCGGAUUUUUCGGCGCCGACGCCCAUUUCCGAUACAAAAAAAAUAGUAGUCUCCCUUCUUUCAUCGAAGUAUCUAAUAUAUGAGGCAUAAUUAUAUUCUUGUAGUGUAGAAAAUUUAAUUAAUAAGCUACAGCUAAUACAAUAUUUAAAAUAAAUCUAACUGAAACUGAAAUCUCAACAUUAAUGCAAAAGAGACAUCCUGAUUUGCAUAAUUUAUGUGUGAGAUUUUUUGUUAAACUGAGAAUAAACAUGACUUAACAGUGUAAAUUGUGUGAAUUUUUUGAUGGAUGAAGUAAGCAUGAAUAGAUACUAACACAUGUGUUUUGGGAAGUAAGGCCAAAACAAGAUAAAAAAUGAGCUGGUCCACUGCUCUGACAUCAAACAGAAACUCGUCCAUCUUCCCCUUAGACCACGACGAGGCCACGACAGGCAGUUCCGGCUAAUAAAAACAAGAACUCAGUACAGGAGCUCCUCAUUCCUGCCAAAGACAAUAAGGGACUGGAACAAGCUUCCAAAAGUAAUAGUUAAGGCGGCUUGACUCGACACAUUUGUGUCUGUUGCCUCAUGUCUUCCAACCCCCAGUUCAUAACACCACUGCUGAGUAGCCCUUGCAGAAGUAUCCCCUUGAAAACCAUGCACAGCAACAUCGUGAACCCCUCUGAAACAUAGGAGCCAGAAUGAUCAAUUCAUUGAUCAUAGGCCCUCAAAAUAAAGAAGAGAGAAGAGAAGAUAAGGCCCAUGGAGGCCCUUCUGACAUUCCUGGCACAGAGUUCUACUCCUCUUCCUGCCCCCGGAAUACUUGUCGGUUGCUACAGACAGAGCAGUCCUUUUCACCAUUGUGCACACAAUUAUUGUUUAUUUGAGCUGGGUGUUACUGAGAAAGUUGUCUGCAUACUUAGUAGUUAUUAUUAGUCUCUCUCACAAACAUUUGAAUGAUAUUUUAUGUAAAAAUUAGCAUAAAGCACUCAUCUGGGGUGCUUAUCCCAUAUUCCUGCACACAAAUAAAUUUAGUUCACCAUCAACGAACACCGCUAUUACAAUCAUGGGAUGUGCAGGAAUACGUAAGAAUAAAUUUGACUUGCUGGUACAACAUUAACCAAUCAUUAGGCUCAAUUAAUCGGGUCGGUGGUUCUGACUUUUGUCUUUCUCGCUAGUCCACCUUGGGCUGAUAGAUCGGCCCUUAUGUCCCAAGAGGGUUAAUAAACUAUAAUAAGAAAUAGGCCUAUUUUAAAAUUUAUUCUAAUAUUAUUAUUAAUAUGUUUAUGCCUCUUGAUUUGUGACUGUGCUUUAUAUGUAAAUGUAAUAUAAGGGUAGAAGUAGACCCCAUGUUGACUGUUGCCUGUUCAAAUUAUAAUAUAAAGUUAUAAAUAAAGCGAAUUCAGGUAGUGGCAUGGCUCUCAAAAUUUACUCAUUUAUAUAACUAUUUGUACCGGUACAAGAAUAUUUUGUCUUCAAAGUACCUGUCGUGGAAAAUAAAAAGAGUAUAAGUUGUAAAAUACUUUUUUAGCCCCUUCAAUCUAUGGACGUUUCAAUGGGUUUAUUUGUUGUAGGGUUCUUUAGCUUAGCUCUUGAACAUUCAUACCAUGUUUUUUUCCCCUACCAUGCAAUCUACUUGGCUGAUGCCUUGUGUGGUCAGCUGUGUUAGUGCCAGUGGCUGCAGGGCUGUCAGUCACAAUUCGGUGCCUUGCAGAUGAUCCAGCCAUGAGCUGCUGCAUUAGCUCAAGGUGAAAGUCCAAAUGUGUCUUUGAUUUUUGGCCAGGAUGCCGUUGAAUGAAUUGUUUUUUGUACACAAUGAAUGCGUUGAUUGUGGCAACCUGAAGUAGAAACCAUAGAAGAAACCUCUGCCAUUUCCUACUUCUUCUGCCAUUAGGGAUAAUAGGAUCUUAACAGAUCAUGGAGAUCUAUACCACCCAUACCAUGUUGUAAUUGUAGACUGGUGUUGGUAUCUGGAUAUCAACAUGUCUAGUGGCUGUGUUUCGCUGUGUUGUCGACAUAGUUGCCUGCGAAAUUUGUAGACAAAAUUCUUGAACUGGUCUAUUGUCAUGAGAAAAUACAUGUGACAAGGUUUCCAAUUUGCCUAAAUGAAAAUGGCACUCCCAAUUCAGGUGCUGAUUUUUUUAGCUUCAAGUUCUUUAGUUCCUUCGACCAACCUUUUCGAGGGUAUAAUAGUUGCACAUGCAUAUGUGCCCAGCUGAAUUAACUCCUCAGCAAGCUUGAAACUAGUAAAAUAAAUAGUCAUGGAAAAAAUGGUGAUGCUUGUCAAGAUAAGGCUCACCCAUUGUAAAGACAACAUGAUACCGGUUGUAGGUUUAUUUUUAAUGUAUUGUUUAAAAAUUAAUCGUCCAGUAUAAGCCACCAUGGCUUCAUCAAUGAAAUUCUCCUUCUCUGGCUUCAUACUUCUAAGGGAAUUUUCCAGUACAGUGUCGAAUAUAGGACGGACUUUGAAAAUGGGAUCAUGGCUCACCUCUCAGAAUAAAAUUUGGAUUAUUAUUCAAAUGAAAAUAUUUUGCAAUAGCUUAAUUAGCUUCAAAACUGUUUCUUGACAUAACUUUUGACACUGCUGCAACAUUUAGCAGUUCAUUUGUUGACCAAUACAGUCUGCAAUCUGUAAUUAGGCAAUAUAUGAAUGCCAAAAAUAAAGUUAAUAUAUAUAUGAAUGCCAAAAAUAAAGUUAAUAUAUAUAUGAAUGGCUUGAUGUCUGAAAUGUUCACAGGCUUUCAUGCUGUGUCUGGUUUUGCAAGAGCUAGUUCCAGUGCAUAACGAUUAGUUUCUGCAACAGUGUCUGUAGAAUUCUUCAGGAAUGAAAAGUGAAAAAUAAUCAUAUGCUGUGAAUAAAUCAUCAGCAUUAAUUCAAUGGCUUGGAACUGAACGUCUACAAAAUACUGGACCACACACGAUCAACAUGGUCACCAUCCUCAGUGACUUUCCACUUGCUCUAGGCCUAGUCCUAGUACUGCUAGUGCUAAUAUCUUCAUCACUAGUAUCAGAAUUGUCCCUUUCCCCAUUAUUAAUUAAAUCAAAGUCUACAUCAGACUCAUCAUCAUCAAUAACAGUUUUGAAUUGUUCAUCAUUUUCAUCUAAAUGAGAGGGCCCAUUGUCAUCAUUUAUCAAAGUUUGCAGAAAAUUAAAAGCCAUUUUUAAAAACACGAUAACUCCUCGCUGGAUUGAUGUAAUGACGCAAAAUUUGGUAGUAAGCUCCCUUAGCCUCGUCUAAUCUUGUUACGUUUUAGAUUCCCGUUUUAAAGGCAGUAGUUCCAUUGUUUCAAUAUGAUGGUUUUUUCUUUUACUCUGUCUGAUAUAACUUUAUUUAAUUUAAUCAGAUCUAAUUCUAUUUUCAGAUAUAGCGACCAUGAUUGUUCGAAUGUUACGAGGAGCACUGGUUCUAGUGUCAUCAGUCGUUAUUAUUCCAUACACUAUUGCUAUAGUUAGCAAUAUACUUAACGGUUGGCCUCAGACCAAAAAUAAGUACAGACGUGCACUGAACCCUAAGAAGGUUUUAGGUCUCAAUUAUGUAUUACUGCAGAUGCUAAGAGACAAAUCUAAGUAUCUACCUCUUUAUCUGAAAUGGAAAAAAUACUAUAAGAAAGCAGAUCCAAGGCGGCUUUAUAAGGUAUGCUAAUAUUUUUUUAUUUACAGGGCAGUCAUUUAUGAAUAACUCCAUCAUUAUGAGUCAUAAUAUAUAUAUAUUUUUAAAGCUUGUUAUGAAUAAAAGUAUCGAGGAGCUUAAAAAAUUUGUAUGUCCUGUUACAUGUUUGAAAGUAUGUAGAAAUGGGAAUAAUUUUAUAAGCAGGUAUACAAAAUCACAAUGCUUAUUCUUGAAUGAAGAAAUUAUCAUCUAUUUGUUUGUCAUCACAGUAUCUGACAUGCAUUUGAAAUGUUUUCUUCGCCACAUCUUGUUAUUGCUAAACACAAGUUUCUGAGCUGUUACAUGUGUUGAUGUAAGAAACAGUGCAUUUCAUUAUUAUUAUUUUUUGGACAAAAACAUUUUUCUUUUAAGUUGCUCUCUCUACCAUUUUAUUAAUAUAUAUAUAUAUAUAUAUAUAUAUAUCUACAGAAUUUGGCCUUUGGUAGGAAUGACUGCACAUUAGAUGUGUACCUGCCUGGUGAUAGGGAUCCAUCAUCCAACCUGCCUGUGCUCAUAUUUGUCUAUGGGGGAUCCUGGAGCUCAGGAGAUAAAAGCUCUUAUGGAUUACUGUGCUCCAACAUUGUAGAUCACACCAAGUCAGUAGCAGUUUGUCCCAACUAUUCAACGUACCCGAAGGUAACAAAUGGGCACAGACUUCUGUGGUCUUUUCCUCAUAUGUUUCAAAGGGCUUUUUUUAACAUUAAGAACUUAAAAUUGGGUCAACCUGAGAUCUUUGAAUGAUCCUUAACUUUACCUUUCAAAGCCUCAAGCCAUCAUCAGGCCAUUUUCAUCAAUUCCUGAAAGACUAACUUAAUUUAUUAGGUGUUUAGUGUAAAGCUAGUAAUAAGAAAAUGAUGAUAAUGUAUUUUUUUCUUCAAAAAAAACCCCUCUUGUUUUUUUUCCAGGGCUAUGUUGAUGAUAUGAUUCAAGACAUUGUUGAUUGCAUUGGUUGGGUCAUUGACAACAUUCAAGAAUAUGGGGGAGACAAAGUAAAUAGAAAAUUGCCUACAGAUAUUAAUGUAUUAAGACAUGAAUGAUGUAGUAAAAAUAAAAGGGAUGUUAAACGUUCAUAAAAAUUUAUGUUAAUUUCCGGUGUUCUCUAUUAGAGUCUUCCGCAAGAUCUGUGUUGGAAUAUACGAUUCAUGAGUCUGCUAUACUAAUAACGUCACAUUGAGAAAUGGCGUCUGUGGGUCAUCGAGCGCGAGCUCUUAAUCCCCCACCCCUCCAGCACACCUCCACACGGGCCAGACGCCAGGUCUCCCCGCCGCCAGACCGUGCGGAAGCACGCCGGGAACCUCCCCCCUGGCCUGGGGGACAUCCGGUCAACCGAAAACGCUGCAUUUAAAGCGUUAGCGGUCCACUCUCUUGUGGGUCUUGGCCGCUUUGCUGCCACUUCGGUGGAAAGGUGUCUGCUAUACAGAAUACUCUAAUCUACAAUCGUUCAUUGUAGCACACAAAUGUAAUAAUUUGUACAGUGUGCUAAAAGAAAAAAGCAGUAUUGAAACUUCCAAAUCUUGAACGCAUAUCUGCAUUUGUCAGCCGUGUACAGCUCAAGCUACCAUGUGUAUCUAGUAGUGAAUAAGAAAAUGUUGGAUCAUUUUUAAUCAGCAUCGAAUCUCUCGGGGUUGAAAGAAGUAUCCAUAGUUGAGCAAUAUUUUUGCUUAUACAUUGUGGUGAUUGUGAAUGGGAGCUGAGUUUGAAAGAAAGAUGACAGAGUAAUUCCGAGAGAGUUUUUAUAAUUAUGGCACCAGGUAACUUAAGUAACACAAUUUAUGCUGUGUGUUGUUAUUUUGUGAUUCAUAAAUGAUGUUUUGAGGAACCCGCUGUUGUGCCAUCUCUAGAACACAGUGAAAAUAUUUUGGUCUCUUUUUUUUCCUUACAGAACAAGAUAAUCUUAUUAGGACACUCCGCUGGGGCCCAUCUUUCUGUUAUGGCCAUACUUGAGCUUCUCCAUGAUGAAAGGCUGAGCGUGCAGUCGACCUUCAAGUUCAACCCGGCGGGCGGACAGCUGGACGAGCUGUCUUUUGCAGAGAGUCACUAUGGAAGGAGAGGAUUGCUAGAACGUACCAAAGAGGGACUGGACGACAGCUCAGGCUCGUCCGAGUCAUUUGCCGUGGUCAGUGAGAAUGGAUCCUCAACAGAGCAAGGUGGAUGUACUGACAACGGGGGUUCUAGUUUAUUGGGAAGUAGUCUAAACUCUGAUAGGAUGGCAUCCAGCAAUAAUUCUGAAAGUGAGUAAGUUGUUGUUGAACACUGAAGAAAUAAUAUAAUGCUGACAUUCAUAAAAAUAUAAUUCUUACCUGGAGAUAGGCAAAGGGAACUGAUCUUUUGUUUGUUAUAAACUAUCCAAUGACAAUAAUGCAUUUAACUACAGUUAACCUCUGACCCCUAGUUAUCCAAUGACAAUAAUACAUUUAAUUGCAGUUGAUCUCUGACCUCUAGAUAUCCAAUGACCAUAAUGCAUUUAAGUACAGUUUGAAUAUGACCAUUUCCUUUGUUUGUAUGUUUAACCAAUGGCCCAGUUUCUUUUCAAAAUAGUACCAUGUGCACUCCCAUUUAUUUGCCCUAUCUAUCAGAUUUUGUGACAAUGAGUCAGGGUUCUAUGCUGGUUGAACCAGGAGGUGCCGACCAAGCUUGUCAAGAAGUAGAGGAAGCGGCUUCAGUUGACUUGGUGGAUCUGCCAUGUAAUGUUGAUGCUGAGGUCAAGGUCUUGGAACCUGGUAAUUAGUGGGGACUGAAAUUUUUUAAAUUUACAAAAAUCUUGGCAGCUAGUUAUAAAGUUAUUUAUUUUACCAAAUUCUAGAUGUCUUGUAGGUUUCUUUUUUGAGAAUGAGAUUAAUUCAGCAUUUUUUACACUGUCAAUUUCAGCAGACACUAAAGAAGAAUCUCCUCCCAACAGUCAGUCUGGAAGCCAGGGGGACGAUGAAUAUGAUAAUGAUGAGAGUGGUGACAAUGAUUCCGUGGUGACCGUCAGGCCGAAGGACAUUGACCGCCAUGCCACCCUUGUAGACAUGUGUAAAUCAGUCAAAGCUUUUAUCGGUGUGUAAGGCAGCACUUAUAUUACAUUGAUUCUGAUUUUUCAUCACCAUUAGUUACUGAAAUCAGAGUGUUAAGAAUAAACCAAUAGUAACCUAAGAAAUACAAGAUAUGUAACAGCUAAGAAACUUGUGUUUAGCAAAUAAAAUAUUGAAUAUCUCUCACUAAUUUUAGUCAUUUUUGCUUGUAUUUUUUUGUACCUUUUGCGAAGAUAUAUUUUUCAUUCCAAAUUUACUGCAUGCGAAUGAGAAUUAUAGAAUUUAUACGUACAUUUUUCACAAUCAUUUUAACUAAAUUUUAUUACAUAGUUGUAUUUUAGAAUAAUGAUAAUCACAUGUGAAACGUUAUUUAAUAUCCUCUCUAACAGGCUUAGCUGGUGUGUACAGUAUCAAAGACCACUUCCUGCAUGAAUCUAUGCGGGGGAUAGAAGAUGUGUCAUGUAUGUGUAGGGCUCACUAUGGUGAGGAUCACUUUGACAGAUUCUCUCCUAAAGAAAUAAUUCGGAGCCUGGCAAGAUGUUUGAGGUUAGUUUAUGUAUUUUUUAUUUUAAAAAAAGGACAAAAUACAAUUCAAACCCCAUUUAUGCAGACCUGUUUACUCUUGUGAUUUUGGCGUACAAUGUAAAAUUUGAGAUGUCUUUUACGGUUGUACACCAAGAUCUGUCUGAACCACAAUUUUAAGAGACCAGGUUGAAAAUGUAAAAUAAAAAAAUAAAUUUUAAGUUUUAGCCCCUUUCUAUAUUCAGCAGUGAAUGGAUCAAGAAAAAUGAUUGGUUGGGGACCAUUUAUAAUUAUAUUACGUUUGCCUUGAGAGGGGAAGGGAGUGGUGUUGAUUUAGGAGAUUUUGUGUACGGCUGUAAGGGGAUAGGGGUGUCUAAAUAUUUAAGUCUAUAAAAAUAACACCGCCAAGUUUUUGUAAUGACAGGGCAACAGUAAUAAUAGCAUAGUCGCCCCAUGACAUUUUUAGUCGAUUCUUGCUUUUGCUUUGCUUCAGUGCUGUAUGGUGCAAUUUUUUGAUAUUUAUUUCAUUUGGCUGAAUGGCGGUGAGUGCAACAAAUGGAGUAAACUAGUUUUUUUGUUUUUUUUAUAAAUAUGAUAAUGCAUUCUCAUCAGUUCUGCACAGCAAAAUUAGAUUUUGAAAUAUGUUAUAGGAUCUGAGAGGGCCUUAGAAAUCUAUUAUUAGAACACAACAAACAGCUGUACGAUUUUUUAAAACCCUGUUUGAUUACAACACGCCUCUUCCUUUCACCCAUUUACAGCUUGUGGUAGUUAUCAGACUAUAAUAUGUUUACAGGAAAUAGGCUUAAUGGAUAUUGAUUGUUAAUAGUUUUCUGAAACCUGCUUUUUUCCUAAAAAAAUAAAUGUCAAGUUACUUGGUAGGUUUUGUAAAUGACGUCCUCAUUUGUUAAUUAAUUCUUAUUUCAAUAAGUUUUAUUUUGUGCUGAACUGACUUUGAAUUUGAACCACAUUAAACUUCACCAGUAACUUUAUUUUUACCAGUGACAGCGUGUGAUAAAGUGAUCAGCACGUUCCCCCAAAUAUGAAUUGAUAUCUCUAGCAGAUACACGUCUGCAAAACAAAGGGUCAGCUGAUUUCAAUAUAAAUGUUGGUCAUCCACUUUUGAAAGUUACUUUUUUUUUAUGUCUAGUUAACUUGAUCCCACUAGACAUGCGAUGCAAAUAGUUAUUGCAAACACUAUACAGGGUACUGUAUAUUUAUGUAUUAACUCUUAAGAAACUGCAUUGUACGAUUUCGGAGACGAUAUUGUACGAUUUUAGGAGUUCGAGGGUAAGCAGGUCUGCUCAUGGCAGGUUUAAAAAAAAAAUUGUUUCCCUACUUCUAGUUUUGAUUUUGUUUGGGAGUUGGCACAAAUGGAGGAUUUGAAUCUCAUUCCUAGUUGGUCCCCGUGUUCCAACAUUUUGGUGAAGUUCACUUGAUUCUCUUCAAACCGUCCUACUCACUGGUCCGAGGAAUCCCCUCAAGCAUUUUCCAAAAGCCGGGGAGAACCUCUAAACCAAUUCAAAACUGUGGCCUCCAAUGCUGCUACUUUACAGGACCACCAGUUGGUUUUAAGCUUUUUUUUGAAAAAUUGCAUAACUUAAUAAGAACUCACUGUCUAGUUAGCAGCUCAGCCUGUUUAUUCUGACACAGCUUUAUAUAUAUAUAUAUAUAUAUUAUGGUUAGAAGGUCACCCUGUUUAUUCUGACACAGCUUUAUAUAUAUAUAUAUAUAUUAUGGUUAGAAGGUCACCCUGUUUAUUCUGACACAUCUUUAUAUAUAUAUAUAUAUUAUGGUUAAUAUAUAGAAGGUCAGCCUGUUUAUUCUGAUACAUCUUUAUAUAUAUAUAUAUAUAGCACAGUAAAACUGUCUUCCCUAAAAUUUCAUUUCUUUAAAAAUGACCUACUAAAAAUUGUCUCUAAAACUCUAUAUGUUAUUUUCUAUAUAUAUGGUUUCUUUUCACGCACAGCUUACCACUUAUGGUGCUGGUCCAUGGCAGUGAAGACUACAUCGCCCCCCUGUCUGCGACGCUGACUUUUGCAGAGUCCCUGGGAGAAAUCUCUGCCAACGUCAAAGUGAAAGUGAUACCAGAGUGCAAUCAUUAUGAGAUCUGUCUUGACCUCAUGGACAAACACCGUAAGUUUUACUCACAUGUCAUGAGUAUAAUAAUGGAAACCAUCAGUUCGGUCUCCUGAUGUCAGUUGUGCAGCAUUGGAGGAGCAGACUCAUUUCAGAAAGCUAAUCGUCAACAUAAUAAUAUAACGACAACACCGUGUACAAGCUGGAGAGGAUACCUGCUCUCGUUAACUUUGCUGAACCAGGAUAUGGUUGAGUGAGUUCCAGCACAACAAAGGAAUGCCUUCAUUUAAACAAACAUGUUUCUGUUCAUUAUAUUCUGGCAUGAAGUCAAGUUUGUUUUCUGUAGAGAAUUUUUACAAAGCUGUUGAUAUGAUGUAAUUUGAUAAGUAAUUUGUGAGCUUCUAAGUGAUAGUCAUGCCAUGCCAAGUUCGUAUGUCACUGCCUGGGACAUGGGCCACAUUCAAGAGCUAUCCAAGCCACCAAGAUCCUUUUGAAUGUUCCCAGUUUUGUCUCAUCUUUCUUGUGCUUGCCCCCAGAUCACAUCUUCAGCUCCUUGUCUCCUGUUAUUUCUUGCCUGGCCUAUUUCCUUUCGUCCUAGGCAAUGCCCCCUUGGUGGUGCUAGUUGCAAUCUGUUUCCAUUGUCUUUUAGAGUAUUUCUUUCUCUGGUGAUCUUCUGAUUAUCUUUAUUUCUUUUAAUGUCGGGCCUUAAAAACAUAAUGGUUCUUUAUGUUUGUUGUAAUGGCUCUCUGGCACUAUACUCCCCAUAUGUAACAGUGGCACUCUGGGACUAUGCUACCCAUAUGUAACAGUGGCACUCUGGGAUUAUGCUACCCAUAUGUAACAGUGGCACUCUGGGACUAUGCUACCCAUAUGUAACAGUGGCUGUCUGGGACUAUGCUCCCCAUAUGUAACAGUGGCUCUCGGGGACUAUGCUACCCAUAUGUAACAGUGCCAUCAAAUUCAAAUAAAAUCUGAGUUUGCAAGUUUUAUUUUAAUAAUUUUUUAGAAUUAUUUCUUCUCAGAAGAGUUGAAUGACGUGGCCUUUAGGCUGGGUUACACUAAAGGAAACAUAAUUAUUAUGUAUUUUUUAUAUCGUUAUUUAAAAUUUAGAAGAGUUAACAUUUAGGGUCAGUGAGUGGGCAGUUAAAAGUAUCUUACUGUUACCUCAAAAGGUUUCAUCAUUUUCUUAGCACCAUUGACCAAAAUGAGUCUGUUAUGAAUACGCUCGGGGCUAAAUGGAAAAACAUGCCGUCAAAGUCUGUCUCAAAUUGCUUGCUGAUCAUAGAUCCAACCCUUGUAGGCAGGCUCUGUGGAUUGCUUCAUCAUUAGAGCUGGUCUAAAUCACCUUUGCCGGCCUGGCU